GAAUUUAGUUCGCUCAAAACCAGGAAGUUACAGAAAGCCUUCGUUUUCGGCUUUGAAAGACAGGCGAAGUGUUCAAGAGACAGAAACACUGAACUUGCUCUCGAGGGAGGCGGUGGUCUUUCGUCUUUCAUAAUGGAAAACAAAAUGGAGCAGGGAGCCAUAAAGGUUGGUGAAUCUCGGGUCAAGACUCUGCAGAGCGAAGUGAAUGGAGUCAAGGAGAUCAUGACCAAGAACGUGGAGCGCAUCCUGGAGCGCGGAGAGAGGCUGGAUGAUCUGAUGGGCAAGACCGAGGACCUGCAGGCUGACGCCCAGCACUUCAAGCACACCUCUACGAAGGUGGCCCGAUCGUACUGGUGGAAGAACGUCAAGAUGAUCAUAUGCAUCGUUGUUGUCGUUGUCAUCAUCAUCCUCAUCAUCAUCCUGUUGGCCACGGGGGUCAUCCCCACCUCGAGCUCCAAACCUUCUCCCUGAGUCCUCACUGCCUGUACGGCCUGGAGGUUUUUCUCACUCCACACACACACGCCAUGUCCCUCCGAGCUCCCCACUAACCUCUGGCCACUUGUAUUUUUUUGUUUGUUUGACAGAGGAGUGAGCUGAAGUAUUUGAAAUUGUGAUAAUUGAAAAGGAAAAGGGAGUGAGCCAUUUUCUCUGUAAAUGGUGCACCCCUGUACUCCUACUCAACCUGUGUGUGCCCCUUGAUUUACACAAUCUAACACAUCCCUGCCCCCCCUUGCAUCUCAGACAGGUUCGAUGAUGACUGCUCAGUCUGGAGCUGACCUGCCUGCUGUAUGCCACCUGUACUAACACAUCAGUUCACUAGAGGGCAUUAUAUCCUCCAAUUUGGAACUCACCCAUUUUGAUGUAGGAGUUUUUUUGCCAUUAUGUUUCCUCCCUUAUUUAUUUAACCACAUUUAUAUAUACAGGUAGGACUAUUCAAGUACUGUGUGUACAUCACAGACCAUUACAAAUACUCACAACUUGGUUAUAUGAAUAUUUUUUUCUGAAGUAAGCAAGAUCAUUAAUUCAGAUCUUACAGACUUAAGAAUUAUUGUAUACAUGUCAGUGUAUAUAUAUAUUUUUUUCUUGGGUAAACAGAUAUAGAGUUUACUAUAGUAUUAGUUUGUGCAAAUGUUAUGAAAAUUCAUUUUCACAGUGUUUUCCCAGACAUUCUGUAGGCAUGCAUGCCUGCACCGUGAUUAAGAAAACCAGUUCUGUUUUCUGGAAGGAACCUUUUUUUAGCUAGGAGAACAAUGUUACAAGAAUGUCCCUGAGCCUGAGUAAUUUUGCUCAGGCUCACAACUGGACAUAUUAGUUUAAAUUACAUUUAUAGUCAACAAAUGUUGGCAGUUACCUGGGCAGUGUCCUAAUCAAAGUUUGAUUGUAGAGAAAUAUACUUCAAAAAUCUGUCCACCUAAGUUACAUGGACAGAGGGUCUUUAAUAACGAAUAGUUAGAGGUGGCACUUUAAUGUUACACAUAAGCUGGAAUCUGGGAAGCAAUGUGUUUUUUCCCAUUCCAAAUAUGGAAAAGUCGCUUUGCAUUAUGAACUAAUAAUGUAUACCUUUUCCAUUUAUUCCUACCCUAAAAUGGCUGUUUAGGACUAACUUUAUGUCUUUUUCUGCCUUCAUUAUAUUCUAAUUCGGUGGUGAUUUACUUAACCGUACAGUACUUCAGGAGUUGAAGAGUGAACAGUAACCUGUAAAUUAUUAGCUGCACCUUAUCAAAGUGAAGUAUUUCAAUUCAUAUCAACAGACUACUGCUGCUUGAGCUAUAGUCUGUUUCUCCUGUUUGCACCAGAGUUGUCUAGGUUUCUGGGUCCACUUUCAACUUGUUCAAAGGUAAGGUGUGGCACUCAGUUUUGGAACCAGGUUUUUUACCCAAGAUAUUUUUGAAUAAAAAAAUAAAUUUUCUUGGCUAUUGUUCUACCAUCAUGCCAGAAAUGGUAUUUUAACUGUUUUGAUAAGAACUUCUAAAGAUACAUCACCAGCAGAAGUGCUGCAAUGACUGUUUGACAUUAGAGUUGAAAUGGUGAGAUGGAACCUGUGAUGCUAGUUCUGAGUAACCAAGCGAUAUCUAACACUUGUAUAUUGUUAAUGUUAUGUUACUCCACUGUCUGUUCAUUGCAGAAAUAAUUAUAAGAUACCUCCUAUAACCCUGUUACUGGCCAUGUGCACAAAAACUUUCUUUAAAAGAUUUUUUAAUGCUUUGAAUCAUUAAAUGCAUUUUUUCUCUCA